AUGAAGCUCCAGAGCAGCUUUGAGGAGUUUACUCCUGAUUUCACUGGUGGUGGUGAAGAUGAUGAAGAUGAUGAAACCUACUGGUUGAGGUGCUCCAGUCCAGGUCUGUACCAGUGCAGAGUGAGUGGCCUGGUGUUUGCCAUGAAGGGAGAAGGAGACGUGUCCUACAGGAUUGUUUCUUGGAGCAGCAGGUUACUGAGCCAACAUGGCAAGAAGCCUGCAGGACCUCUGUUUGACAUCAGAUGUCAGCAGCAGUCUGUGGCUCAGCUCCAUCUCCCUCACUGUGAGAUCCGCUCCACAGGAGGAUGUACCUACCUGUCAGUCGCUCACAUAGGUGAUGAAGGCAUUGAGUUCAUCAAGCCUGAGGAGAUCACAGAAACUCACGUCAUCAUCAACAUCACAGGGUUUUCUGCUUUUGGUAUCGUCAAGGAUAAAGAUUCUCCUCCUGACCCGGUCCAAGCCUUGGUUCUGCUGUUCUACAAGCCUCCAGCUGCUCCUUAUGUCACAUACCUUUGCCUGUUGAAAGCCUUGGUUCGGAUGUUCCUCAAGCUUCCAGCUCCUCCUAAUGAGCCAUCUCGCCUCAAUGUGUUGCUUCUUCCAGCAAAUGUUGUGAUCCGGGAUGUGAAGCGGAAGAGAAAGGAAUUUUAUGGGACCGAGACGUUCAUAGAUGCACCUCAACUCUGCCAACUGCAGCCAAAUCAGUUUUACACUCUGUCCACAGAUCCUGCAGGAGACUCAGUUCUGAUUCAGCCCACAGAGGCAGAGUUUGAUGCAGAAUCAUACAACAACCACUUGACAUCCAUCCAGAGAGAGAACACGGGUCUCUCUGCUGAUGAGCAGCUAAGAGAACAUCGGACCAAAAUAAUCAAUGGGAUAUCAGAAGCAAAUCUGAAGAGUCUUCUGGAUAAACUUCUAGAAAUAAACGUCAUCAGUGAUGCUGAGAGGGAGGAAGUAGAGGAAAAGAAAAUAAGAGACAAAGCUCGACUUUUAGUCGACACGGUGAGGAGAAAAGGUGAUGCUGCAAGUUCAGAGAUGAUCCGCCUUCUCUGUGAGCUCGACCCGUACUUCUCUGAACAUCUGGGGCUGAUGUGA